ACUGAUGCCCUCAACAGGCCUGGCCGUGCAUUUUAUAGCCAUACACAAAUUCACAGAUAUUAACACUAAUACCUGCAGACUGCAAAUGAUGUAUAUGUUUAAUCAGGUUUCAAAUCAAGUAUUCAAUUGAGUUUUGUUCAAAUAUGGUGUGCCCUUGCCCAGUCGCGGUUCACUGUUCACGGCCCUGCAUAUUCGCAGAACUUGCUUUCCCAAUUAAAAAAAAAAUUGCCAUAUUUUCGCAGUCAUUGAGGUCUUAAAUUGUCUUCCAAAUAGACGAGGCGCCAGAUUAUACAUGGCGCUUUACGAUGCGGUGCACCUGAUGUGCACACUGUGUUUGCAAAUGUUGUUGUGUGACUUGUCCAAUAAAGUACACUUAAACACACUGCUUAGGAGGUCCUUAGUGCCGCAAAGCAUCCCGAGAGGAUGUAAAUAGCAUUUAAAAUGGAUGUUUUGUGUCAAUUAUUUAUUGAGUCAUUCCUUUAUUUAAAAAAAAAAUAUAUUAUUUAAAUUCUGGUCGUCUAUCCAGCGUCUCAGGAGGGGGGAGUAGUGCAUUGUCGCAAAUGUGUAUGAUGAGGAUGGACGCUGCUGUCCUCGGCUCGGGACGUUGUGAGUUGGUGGGCAGUGCGUGUGAGUUUGCCAAAUCAGUCUACAUGGGUUUGUGAACUUGGAGAAGGUAUUCGACUGUGUCCCUUGCGGAGUUUGCCGAAUGUGGGGGGUGCUUCAUGGGGUGCCGAACCCCUUUAUAUGGGAUGUUCGGUACCUGUAUGACCGAUGACAGAGUUUGGCUGUAAGUCAGACUCGUUUCCAGUGAGAGUUUGAUUCUGACAAGGCUUCCCUUUGUCACGAUUCUGUUCAUAACUUUUAUGUACAGAAUCUCUAAGUGCAGCCGAGGUGAAGAGGGGGACCGGUUUGAUAGCCUCAGUAUUGCACCUCUUCUAUUUGUAGAUGAUGUGGUUCUGUUGGCUUCAGCAAGCCGUGAUCUUCAAAACUCACUGGACCAGUUUGCAGCCAAGUGUGAAGGAGCUGGGAUGAGAAUCCGCAUCUCCAAAUCUGGGACCAUGAUCCUCAGUCGUGCCCUCUCUAGGUCAUGAAUGAGAUCUGGCCCCAAGUAGAGGAUUUCAAGUAUCUUGAGGUCUUGUUCACAAGUGAGGGAAGAAUGGAGCAGGAGAUCGACAGGCAGAUCGGUGGAGCUUCUGCAGUGAUGCAGACUUUGUAUCGCACCAUUGUGGUAAAGAAGGAUCUAAGUCGGAAGGUGAAGCUCUCAAUUUACUGGUCAAGCUACACUCAUACCUUCACCUAUUGUGGUGAGCUGUGGGUCCUGACUGAAAGAACAACAUCUUGGAUACAAGCGGCUGAAAUUAUUUUUCGCCGCAUGAUGUUCGGGCUCUCCCUUGGGCAUAGGAUGAGAAGCCUGGUCAUCUAGGAGGGAUUUAGAGUGGAGCCGCUGCUCCUCUGGAUUGAGAGGAGCCAGAUGAGGUGCCUAGGCCAUCUGAGUCAAAUGCCUCUUGGAUGUGUCUCUUGUGAGGUGUUCCGAGCAUGUCCCACCGCAAUGGAUGACCCAUGACACACUGGAGAGACUACGUCUCUUGGAUGGCUUGGGAACACCUCAGGAUCCUCCCAGAAGAGCUGGAUAAACUGACUGUGGAUAGGGAAGUCUGGGCGUCCCUGCUUCUGCGACCUGACCUUGGAUAAGUAGUGGAGGAUGGAUAGAUUAAUAGGAUGCUUAGUUUAAAAGACAAAAUAUUGAGUUUAUACGGCAGCGCAACCCAAAUAAAAGUUUUGGUCAUUGUUUUCAGCUCAAGAGUACUUGAGCUAUCUAUCGAAAUCCAACCAGAGGCUGACAUCUUUUCGGAGUUUCCACUGGAUCUCAAGGGUCUUGUGGAAUGUGAGUAAAUGCUUCACUAUUAUAUUGUGAAUGAGCAAUAGUGGGCGCGAAAUCACUGGGAGUGGCAGAAACUAUAACAAAAAAGUCACCAGGUUUGGACAGUUUCCACUCCUGUAUUUAUUUUUUUUUUUACUUAUCUAGUCAGUAGCUAUCUAGUCAAUAGUUCAGGGUUGUGUGUGGUCAGUGCCCAACUGGAGGUUGGAUUUAGUGACAUUCUGGAAUGUCAAUUGAAUUCCACAGAAGUAAUAAACUUAAUUUGCUUUACCAUGAACAGAAACACGACAAACAUGUGAUGUGAUAUGCCCAUUUUCGUCAGGCUGCUGCUUGUCUCGUGACUUUGAUUGCCAUGGAGAUUUUAUGUUUGGCCCAAGAGAAGUCACAGAGACACGUGUGAUAUUAGAGGCAGCUGUAGUUUCCCAGUGCAAGUGAAUUGUUAAGCUUUACUUUAAAGUAAUGCCCAUGACGAUGACUUUGAUUCCACGAAACAAAAAACAAAUGGAUGGCUUUCUUGGAAGCGAUUUCAGAAUUGGAAGCAGAACAGGCCUCCAAUGUGGUUCAAGUGAUGUUCCAAAUUUAUCAUAUUUGUGCUUUCUAACCCGUUUAGUAGGUAUGUCCUUGAAAGCUUCAAAGCCGGUCACUAUGAUAAGGUCCAGUGAUUUCAGGCUAUUUGAUAGCAGCCAUUAAUUAGCUCCUUAUACAUUGUGACGUUUGAGGGUUCUAUAAGUCAGUUACAUAAAUAGUUUGAUUACAUGCUUAGCAAUGAUCACAGCCAUAUAUUGCCAGUCAAUUCUAACAGGACUCGAUCAUAGUAAAUAGAGGUCAACAAUGGAGGACAUUCAGUAUUUGGUGUUCUUUCCUCAUGUGACUCCUUACUACAAGAAAUAUGUAAACUUUGAGCAUACUAAAGACAAUGUUAACUAAAUUUUAAACUGAACUGUACACGUGUGAAAAAAUACUCCUCCUUUUCAUCCCAUAUGUUAUGAAUGUUAAUUCAGUAUCACUUCUUAGUGAACUUUAUUGUGUAUUUAGAAAUUCUGUACAAAUUUUCAAAGUCUGUUGUAUUAGUAUGGUUAAUCCUAACCCAUCUGAAAUACAAGUCAAGUACUAGGCCUUGGAUUUUAUUAACUUUGUAGUAAGUAUUCUAAAAUUAGGCACGCCAACAGGCACAGAUCAGAAAUUAGCUUUUGCACUCUGCAUGAACUUAAACCCAUUGACCGAUAAGUCCCGCAUUUAGCAGGGUACCGUUGCGUUUAAGGAGAUUAAGCAGGUGAUGAGGAGAACAAAAUCGCAGUCCUGUUUGGUGAAACCCUGUCACUAUUUUCAUCUAGCAAAAAAUACAAAUUAUGUGAUCAUUUUCAUGCGUUAAUAAAAACUUGGAAACGUGCAUUAGAUAUGGAUUAAAACACAGCCUUGUAUAAACAAUACACUUGAAAUUGAUACUUGACAAUAUAAUUUUGGCCAGUGAGAGAGAUAUGGACUUUACCGACCAAUUGUGGUAAUGCUCGUUGACAACAUCGUCGCGUCUCAGAAUAACACACAGAGUCGCAAGUCCAUUUUUUUUUUCGUUUUCUUUCCAAAAUUUGCCAAUCGUAGGGGCACCGGUGUGAGAGAGCAGGUACGUAGGAAAAUAAAAAAUCAGCUUGCCAAGGGACCGGCUAUUUCAGCAAACACCUUAGAAUGCACCUUUAUCAGCCGCGAGUGAGAACACGUAAUGGGAGGACUAUCGAUGUAACUGUGUAGCUGUGCAGUCACGUUAAUUAUUUUAGACCGCUUUCUUGAGGCGAACCUUGAUUUUUGCUCUUUUGUACAGUCCAGUGGAUGCUGUUUUUUUUUCCACCUAAAUCAUCACAACAUUCCUUUUCAGACAGGUUGUUUUUGUCAUACGACUGUCCAAAAUUUGGUGACUCAGAAAUUCAUGUGCCAGCAUCUGUGGGGAGUUGGUGGCCCGACAAUGAUAUAAUGGCCCCGGUCCAUUGGAUGUCGGUCAUUGUGAACUUGACGUUUGAUGUACUGGUAUUUUGGGAGAAGGAGAUUGUGAAGUAAAGUUGUGAUUGCAAGAAUGUUCCCAGUGGGGGGAAAAUGCUCAUCCAGUUUCGAAGCACCUUGAGGGCACAUUCGCCUUCACCCAAAAAAGCCAUAAACCUUUGUAUAUUGCUGGAAGCGUAGUAAGUAAGUUUCAGUGGAAGUUUCCAGUGGGGAGGUUGUGCAGCUUCUCAGGAGUGGGGAAAAAAAAAAACAAUUCAAAUCUUGUUUUACUUCUUCUUAGACAUGUCACAAGUGUAGCAGAUGUCGUGGCCAUUGUGGUAAUGUAUGAUGAAAAGGCUUGCAACUUGCCAAAUACCUGCUGAAAUGCACUUUCUCGAUUCCCCCGCCCUGGCCACAUUCUAAAUCUUCAUGCUGUUAACCCCCUACCUAGGUUGGUGUUUCCCAGCCUCAGGGUUGAUUUCCAAGCCGACCGCCUGAGCACGAGAGCUACCCUUUGCCUCUCUGUGAACGGGGACAUAUUCCACUUCAGUAAGACCACGGUGUUGCCAUGGACACGGAGUCAACGUACUCUGGCUAUUCCUACCACUCUGGACGUUCACGGGGCUCCCAUCGGCAUGGGGAGCGAAGCCGGGACCGCCACAAGUCUCGCAGCAAAGACAGCCGCUCAGAAAAAUCUGUAACUAUUCACCCUGCUCCUGCAGACCCAUUGCUGGGUGGUGCCACUGUUCAAACUGAGCAGCUUCAGGAUGACAACUGGGGUGAGACCACAACAGCUGUUACUGGCACAUCAGAACACAGCCUUUCUCAGGAAGACAUUGUGCGCAUCACUAAGGACCUGGAGGACAGUGUGGGGCUUGAUUGCCGCCGUUAUUUUACACUCACCCUUGCAGUAAUCCUGGGCCUCCUGGUAUUUUUCUCACCGCUGGCCUUCAUGGUCCUCCCGCACCUGCUCUGGCCAGAGAAGCUGCAGAGCUGUGGCACGGCCUGUGAAGGCCUCUUCAUCUCUGUGGCCUUCAAAUUGCUCAUCCUGCUGCUUGCUGUUUGGGCCCUCUUCUUCCGGCCCCCACGAGCCAGUCUCCCGCGCCUCUUUGUAUUCCGGGCUCUGCUUGCUGUUCUGGUGCUGCUCUUUGUGGUCUCCUACUGGUUGUUCUAUGGCGUGAGGAUACUAGAUUCGCAGGAUGAAAACUACCAGGGGAUUGUGCAAUACGCUGUGUCACUGGUGGAUGCACUACUCUUCAUUCACUACCUGGCCAUUGUGCUGCUGGAGUUAAGACAGCUUCAGCCCUAUUACUCUGUGUGUGUCACGCGUUCCACAGACGGAGAGACCAGGCACUACAACUUAGGGCAACUCAGUAUUCAGCGGGCAGCACUGGCCAUAUUGGAGCACUACUAUUGCGACUUCGCCAUCCAUAACCCAGCUCUGCUGUCCGCCUCCAAGUCGCGUGCCGCCAAGCACUUGGCUGGUCUCAAAGUGUACAACGUGGAUGGGGACUUUCCAGCUGCCCCUGCUGAAGGUCCGGGGAACAAUGCAGCCACAGGGAUGGCACACUCCCAGUCCAGAGCCAUGAUCGCAGCCGCCGCCCAUUGCCGGGACUCCGGCCACAACGAACUUUACUACGAGGAGGCCGAGCAUGAGCGGCGCGUGCGCAAACGUAAAGCCCGGUUGGUGGUUGCCGUAGAAGAGGCCUUCACCCAUAUAAAGCACAUGAAGGAGGAGGAGCAGAAGAAAACUCCAGGAGACAUUAUGGACCCGCGAGAGGCAGCACAAGCCAUCUUCCCAUCCAUGGCACGGGCCCUGCAGAAGUACUUGAGGACAACCAAACAGCAGCACUGCCAUAGCAUGGAGAGCAUCCAGCAGCACCUGGCUUUCUCCAUCAGCAACAACAUGUCACCUAAGGCCUUCCUGGAGAGUUACCUGAAGCCAGGUCCAACUCUGCAGUACAGCCGGGACCACUGGUUGGCCCGUCAGUGGACGCUGGUCAGUGAGGCGUCAGUCACCAGCGGCCUGAGGGACGGCACUGUUUUCGUGCUCAAGUGUGCAGACUUCGGCUUGGUGAUGACUGUCAAAAAGAUCCCCUUCAUCCGCAUGUCAGAGGAGUACAUUGACCCAAAGUCCCACAAGUUUGUCCUGCGAUUACAAUCGGAGACCUCUGUGUAGGUCUUCUUUUUUUUUAUGUUGUUCUUGUUUUUUUACCCAU